GCGCUCGGGCGGCAGCGGGAGAGCGAAGCGCCAGGCUGCCAGCGCCGGGCUGCUGGGGACGGGGCACAGACCACGCUGGGGAUGCCCAGUAGGACAGCCACCCCGGUCCCCAUGAAGCCGCCGCUGCUGUCGCUGCUGCUCCGGUGCAUGCCGUGGCUCCUGGGCGCGCUGGCACAGGGCAAGGGAUGCAACCGGACGGCACGGGCAGGGCUGGAGGGUCCCGACGCACACGGGCCUGGAGGGACCCUCCUGAACGUCAGUGUGAGUGACCAUGGCCGGUCAGACUCCCUCCUGCUGUCCUGGGAUGAGCCAGAGGAAGGUGCUGAGGGCUACUCACUGUCCCUGUCCUCGCUGGGGUCUGGCCUGUCGCUGCAGAAUGCCUCUGCCACAGCCAACACCACCAGCUUCUGGUUCCAUGGGCUGACCCCUGGCAUGCACUAUGAGAUCAAGCUGACAGCCACACUGGCCUGCAUGGAGACCACCAGCCAGACAGUGACAGCACAGACAAGUCCCUCGGCCGUGCGCAGCCUGAGCCUGAGCAGCAGCAGGAGCUCUGGGGAGCUGCGAGCCUCCUGGGCACAUGGGCACGGCCAACGGGACAGCUACCACCUCAGCCUGUACCACAGCCACUCCCAGGCACUGCUCAGGAACGUGUCCCUGCUGCCCAAUGCCUCCACCUUCCUGUUCGAGGGGCUGCAGCCUGGCAGUGAGUACGCCUUGAAGGUCAGCACGCUGGCAGGAUCCAGCCAGGCCAGCACCAGUAUCCACCAGUGGACAGCUCCCUCCAUCCCCACGCAGCUGCGGCUCAGCCCAGGCUCCAGCACCAGCCUCGUCGCCUCCUGGGUGGGUGCUGCAGGGGCUGCCUGGCUGCACCUCGCCCUCCACAACCUCCUCACUCAGACAGUGACCACCACGCUGUCAGCACGGAGGGGCCUCACCAGCUACACCUUCCAGCACCUGCAGCCUGGCACCCGCUACUGGCUGGGGCUCAGUGCCAUAGCUGGGCCCUACACCAUGGCAGGGCCCAAUGCCACUGCUUGGACCUACCCGCUGAGCCCUGGGAAUGUGACCCUGAGCAGCACAGGGGAGAGGGGCUCCUUGCAGGCUCACUGGACCACCCCAGCAGGAGAGAGGGACCUGUACCUGGUGACACUGCAGGAGGGAGAGGCUGAUGCCCUGACCAGGAACAUCUCUGUCAGUGGAGACAGCAGCCAGGUCACCUUCCACGGGCUGAGGGCUGGGCAGCAGUACUCUGUGCAGGUGACAGCAGUGGCUGGGCCUCACCGGGCAGCAGCCCACAGCACAGCAGCCUGGACACAGCCACUGGCACCAUCUGGUGUGAGUCUGUCCAGCCAGGGCAGCCCCUACAGCCUAUUAGCCAGCUGGGAGGAGGCAAUGGGAGAGGGCUAUGUGCUAGCCCUCAGCCCCAUGGAGCACCCCAUGAAGAACAGCUCACUGCUCAGAGGUGUCACCAACUUCACCUACAAGGGCCUUAACCCUGGGACUCUGUACACCUUUGAGGUCAGCACCGUGGCAGGGCCCUACACAUCCCCACCCCAGCGUGUCACCAACUGGACAUAUCCUUUGCCCCUGGAGCAGCUGAGCCUCAGCAAUCAGGGCCACAGCACCUCUCUGCAAGCCUCCUGGAGAGCAGCUCCUGAGGGCAGCACUGGCUACACAGGAACCCUCUGGGAAACCAAGUCCUGGCAGCGGGUCAGGAACGUGACUGUGGGGAACAACUGGACAAGUGUCACCUUUGAGGACCUGGUCCCUGGGCGACAGUACACACUGGAGAUGGCAGCUAUGGCUGGGCCUUACCAAUCCCCUGUGAGAUCAGCCACAGACUGGACAUACCCCUUGGCCCCAACUGGCGUCACCCUGACUAACACCCGCCGCCCCCUGGGACUCGCUGCCUUCUGGGACAAGGCUGCUGGUGAUGUGGAUCAGUUCCACCUGCAACUCUACAGCAAGAGCCAUCCAGCACAGAGGAAUGUCUCAGUGGGGCCAAACACCCACAACUUCACGUUCCUGGGGCUGUCUCCUGGCGUUCAGUACUUCCUGAAGGUCACCGUCCUCGCUGGCCCGUACAGAUCCUCGUCACACUUUGCCACUGAAUGGACAUAUCCUCUGUCUCUGGCUAAUGUGACCGUACAGCCUGGGCAGAGACCCCGGGAGCUACACGUGAGCUGGGUCGAGUCAGGCGGUGGCAGAGACCACUUGGUACAGCUCUCAGUGGCUGAGUCCCUGUCCAUCAUCAGGAACGUGUCUGUGCCCCGUGGAGUCACCCAGCUGGACCUGGGGGGGCUGGUGCCAGGCUCCAGGUACCGCGUGGAGAUAAUCUCUCAGGCUGGGCCCCAUCGCAUCUCCUCUCAGACUGCCGUCGGCUACACGGUCCCACUGCCACCUCUGUCACUGUCAGCACACCCUGUCAGUGCUGCCCAGGCUCUGGCUGUGCACUGGGAGAGCCCUCCUGGGCAGAGGGACAGGUACCUGCUCAGUGUGCACGAGGAGGGCUCCUCUGCAGCAGCAAAGAACCUGGAAGCAGGGAAGGACAGCACCAAUGUCACCCUGGCACAGCUGGCACCAGGAACUUGCUACCUGGUUGAGAUCUGGGCAGUAGCUGGGCCCUACCACUCUCUCCCCAAGAACAUCACUGGCUGCACAGUUCCUGCUGCACCCACAAACCUGAACCUUACCAACCCAGGCAGCUCCUCAGAGCUUUACCUGUACUGGAAGGAGCCCCCUGGCAGAAGGGACCACUAUCGUGUUACUCUGCACAGCCUCAGCACCCACAGGCUUUGGGUCCAGACCUUGAGUCCAGAUGCCCAGAACAUCAGCUGGACUCACUUGGAGGCAGGCAGCAGGUUUGCUGCACAGGUCACUGCUGUGAAAGGCUUGUUGGAAGCUUCCUCCACCAAUGUCACCCAAUGGACACAUCCCUUGGCCCCUGCCAACCUCACCCUGGGCAGCCCCUCUGCCUCCACUCUGCAGGCCUCCUGGGCAGCCACAGGGAGAGGAGCAGAAGGCUUCGUGGUGGAUGUCUAUGUCACAGCCUCCAGCAGCCACGUUGGGCACGUGGUGCUGAGUGGGGAUGUCGGGGGUCACACCUUCAGGAACCUGAGCCCUGGCACCCGAUACAGCGUGGCAGUGAGAGCCACAGCUGGGCCCUUCCAUGCCAGCACCCUCAAUCUCACCCACUGCACACGCCCCCUGCCCCCAGCUGCUGUGCACUGGCUGAGCACCGGGCAGCCCGAGCGGCUGAGCGCAGCCUGGGCAGCUGCAGCCGGGGAACGAGACGGCUACAGACUGACCCUGUACCACACACAGCUGGGCACUGUGGCAGCUACAGCCUCACUGCAGAGAGACACCCACAACUUCACCUUCCUGGGGCUGACCCCGGGCUGUCAAUACUCCCUGGAAGUCAGUGCAACAGCAGGACCGUACCAGGCAGCAGCACCCAACGUCAGUGGCUGGACACGCCCUCUGCCCCCAGCCCCUGUGCAGCUGCUGAGCACAGCACACCCUGAGAGGCUGAGGGCAGCCUGGGGAGCUGCAGCUGGGGAGCGGGACAGCUACACCCUGACCCUGUACCACGCACGGCUGGGCACUGUGGCAGCUACAACCUCACUGGGGAGAGACACCCACAACUUCACCUUCAUGGGACUGGCCCCAGGAAGCAAGUAUGUGCUGGAGGUGGUGUCUGUGGCAGGGUCCUACCAAGCACCUGCAGGGAAUGUCAGCAACUGGACGUACCCCCUGGCACCCCGCAACGUGUACAUGACGAACCAGGGGUACCCCAACAGGCUGAGUGUGUCCUGGCGUGCUGAACCCCAUGGACAGGACAGUUACAGGCUCCUCCUGUACCAUUCAGGAUCAGGAAUUGUGGCAGCCAAUGUGUCUGUUGGAAAAGGCACCAGCAAAUUCACCUUUUCUGGCCUGGCUCCAGGACACAAAUACCUGCUGGAAGUGGUGUCUGUGGCAGGACCCUACACAGCCUCUGCAGGGAAUGUCAGUGACUGGACAACCCCAUCAGUCCCCCAAAACCUCUCUGUGCUGGCUGAAGGGAACAACACGAUGCUGGUGUCCUGGGGCAGUGUCCUUGGGCAGCAGGAGGACUGUCAGCUGUGGCUGAGGGACCCCAGGAACCACACACAGCCCUGGCAACACAUCCUCAGCCCAGGCCAGGGCCAGCAGCUCCUCCAGGGCCUCACCCCAGGCAGGAAUUACUCUGUGUCUGUGAGCUGUGUGGCUGGGCCAUACUGGAGCAGCACCAAGCCCUUGGUGGUGCCAAUGGAGCCAAACCCAGUGCAGGAUGUGCAAUGCCUGCCAGAGUCAAGGAGCCUUUACUUGAACUGGACCAGCUCUCCUGGAGAUGUGGAGUCUUAUGAACUGGUGACAGAGGGACUGUCUGAUGGACCUCCCACCUCCAAACACGUCAUGAGCAUCCCCAGGAGUGAGGCCAGUCUGGAGGGGCUGGGGCCAAACUCAUCCUACCGAAUCUCUGUGAGCACAGUGGGCAUGAACACGAUGAGGAGCCAGGCUGUGACUCUGCUCUGCAACACAACUGUGGAUGCCCUGCCUCCACCUCUGCAAGCAGACAUCUUCCAGGUGGAGGCCAGCUCCACAGUUGUCAUCUCCUCUGACCUGUUCAGCGAGGAGAACGGCCAGAUAGAGUAUUAUGGUGUUGUUGCUACCACCAAUGAUUCCUUGCUGAGGCCCACCCAGGAGAUCAUGUCCAGCACGUGGUAUGACCACUACUAUGGGGCAGAGGACUCCUACCUGGCUGUGCUGAUCCCAAACCCCUUCCACCCAAGCCCCAGGAGCUCCCCUGAAACCUGGAGAGUGCCAGUGGGAACAGAGGAAUGUGGCCAGUCCAGGGCCAUGUGCAAUGGGAAGCUGAAAGCCAACGAGCAGUACAGGUUCAGCAUUGCUGCCUUCACCAAGUACGACCCAGUAGCUCCUGCAGUGACAUUCACCAUGUUCUCAGCUGCUGGAUCUGGUGCAGAUGCAACUCCACUCUCAAUACCAAUAAUUGCUGGAAUCAUCAUGGGGUUUCUCUUGACACUUGCAGCUAUUUUUGCUUUGGUCUACUGGAAACAGCUCAGGACAAAGAGAACCAAGAAGAACAGCUUGCCCCAGGAAAUGGUGACCUACAGCUUGAGAAACGUCCAUCGGCCAGUUCCCAUCCAGAGCUUCAAGCAGUACUAUGAGCUGAAGACAGCAAAUGCCAACCAUGCCUUUUUCCAGGAGUUUGAGGAGCUGAAGGAGGUUGGGAAGGAGCAGUCAAAGGCAGAGGCUGAGCUGCCAGCAAACGUCUCCAAGAACAGAUACCGUCACGUGCUGCCCUAUGAUCACUCUCGAGUCAAGCUGAGCCAGCUAGGGGAGGAUCCACAUUCAGACUACAUCAAUGCCAACUUCAUGCCUGGCUACACAACCCAGCAGGAGUUCAUUGCCACCCAGGGGCCCCUGAAGAAAACCAUUGAGGACUUCUGGAGGCUGGUGUGGGAGCAGAACGUCUGCAACAUCAUCAUGCUGACAGUGUGCAUGGAGAACGGGCGGGUGCUCUGUGACCAUUACUGGCCGUCUGAAUCGGCCCCAGUCUCCUACGGGCAGCUCCGGGUGCAGCUGCUGCUGCAGAGCAGCUCUGAGGAGUGGACCACGAGGGAGUUCAAGCUGUGGCACGAGGGGCUGCGGGCUGAGAGACACGUGUCCCACCUGCACUACACAGCCUGGCCCGACCACGGCAUCCCUGACUCAACCACCUCCAUCAUGACCUUCAGAGAGCUGGUCCGGGAGCACAUCCAGAGCACCAAGGAUGCAGGGCCCACCCUCGUGCACUGCAGUGCUGGGGUGGGCCGCACAGGCACCUUCAUUGCCCUGGACAGGCUGCUGCAGCAGAUGAAGCAGGAGAAGGUGGUUGACACGUUUGGGGUUGUUUAUGCCCUGAGGAUGAACCGCUACUCCAUGAUUCAGACCCUGUCCCAGUAUAUUUUCCUGCACAGCUGUAUCCUGGACAAAAUCUUGGAGGAACCUCUCCUGGGGUUGUCAGGUACAGAGAGGUCCUGCCCCAUCCCACUGAAGAGCUUUGCUCAGCACUAUGCCCAGAGAGCAGCCAAGUCCCACGUGGGCUUCCUGAGGGAGUAUGAGACUCUCUUAGAGGUUGUCAAGGAAGAAGCGAGCUCUGCAACACCAUCUUCAGGCAGCCAGCAGACACAGCCCCCUGCCAGCAUCCUCCCAUAUGAUCGCUCCAGAGUGAAGUUUUCCCUGCUGGAACAUGGCCCCUUCUCAGGUCUCCUGCAGGUGUGGCACAUCCUGGGCUGCAGCUCCAGCAGGGAGUAUCUGGCUGUCCAGGGGCCUGACAAGUUGACCAUGGAGGACUUCUGGAGCCUGGUGUGGGAACAGGAUGUUCACACCAUCCUAACCCUUCUCCCAUGGCAGGAGAAGGGGGAGGUCCCAAGUGAGAUGUGCUGGCCCCUGGAAGGAGACUCUCUCUGCACAAAGAUGCUGACCAUUCAGUGUGGCACAGAGAAGCUUGGCUCAGGAUGGAGGUGUCUCCAGCUCAAAGUGAAGCAUGAGAAGAAAGCAAAGGAGAGACAGGUACAACAGUUCCUCUACACACUCUGGAGCAGCAAGAGGCAGCCAGAUGUCCAGGGCCUGGUAGAGCUGCUCACUGCUGUCAGACGGUGUGUGCCCCCCAGGAAGAGAGCUGCUCCUCUCCUGCUGCACUGCAGUGGUGGCCUGAGCCAAAUGGGGACACUGAUCUCACUGGAUUGCCUGUUGCACCAGAUGAAAGCUGAGAGAGCUGUGGACAUCUAUGGGGUGACCCUCCAGCUGACAAGAAGCUGCUGUCUCAUGACCCCAACUCUGGACCAGUACGUGUUCCUGUACACCUGCAUCCAGGACAUCAUCACCCAGAGACAGCCCUAACACCACUCAGCACUCCCUGACACCCUCCUGCCCUCCACCUCUGCAGGGUCCUGGCUGCAGCCAGGAGCUGGGGAGAGAGCACAGAGGGAGAGCAGCACGGAGCUUCUGGUGAGAGGAGAGCUGCACCAUCCCCCCUGUGCCUCACAUGGUGUUGGCAGUGACAUGGGGGCUCCUGAGCAGCCCCUCAGGCCCUGCUUCAGCCAUCUCCUGGGAUUCCUGGUGCCUGGAAGGUUUGUUAAGCCCCUGCAGCAGUGCUGGCUCUGCUUGCCCUUGCCCCUCUGCACAGAGAGGUGGCCCUGGGCUUGCUGCUGGACUACCCUGAGGCCUGCAGGCUGCUGAGGGCUCACACCAGCUCUGGGCACUCUCCAACUCUGAGCACUGUGGCUCCUUGUGCCCCUGGUCCCAGACAGGAGCUGCCUGGGCUGGUGGGUCUGCCUUAGGUGCAAGCAAUAAACAGCCCUUGGCAGGA